CAUAAAAGAACUCGUUUCUACCUUUCGAUAUCAACCAAACAGAAAGAGCAUCCUCACAAUACAAGUCAUCCAUGAAUAUCCAUCGCACCAUGCGAUUGCAGAGCUCAAGAAUGGGGAGUUUACACGUUUCAGCUCUGCUGACUAAUAUUACAGUAUCACCUCACUGAUCGUCUCUUUCAACGUCAAUCGUUUCGUACCCAUCACCAAUCAGAGAAUGUGCACUUCCCGUCUUACUUGAUUUCAUCUUUCAGCUUGUCCUCAAUCGAAGCCGAAUACAUAUAAGAGAAGCUUGACAAAUUUACUCUCCAAGCCCGACGGUUCACAGAAUUACCCCGCACCUCAUACAAAGACAGGUGCUUGGGCUCCAACCAAACAUUCAACACCAGAAAGCCGCAUCAAACCCUAUCCAAAGCCACAAUAUCAUCCCGCAAAAAUGUUUCGAGGCUUCGACGACGUCCCCGGAUCCCUACCCCCAGAUGAAAUCCCAGCAGACAUCGACCUAGCCAGCAUCCCUUUCCCCCACUUCGCUGAAAACGCACUCAACAACCUCUUAUCAGCCACCGUCUCCUCCUCCGCCCUAUGGCGAGACCACCUCUCCCUGACUGGCCAAGUCCGUACAUUCUACAACGGCGAGAGAAUCAAAGAACAAUGGUCCCACUACAGCCAACAACGCUCUCCCACCAACUUCAAAGCCACGGAAGCGAGUAUUUCCAGACCAACACCUGAUUCGUCUUGGGUUGAUGUGUUGUUCACGUUCGUCACUGAACAAGAAGGAGGCUUAAUUGGAAAUUGUUCCGGGAUUAUAAGUUUCCUCCCCAGCUCCUCGUCAGAGACAGGAUGGGAAGUCUGGAUGCUACGAACCAUCCUCGAGAAUUUCGAAGGACAUGGACAUCCUGAUGAUCCAUCUCCCAUCUUCUCCUCCCCCUCAAGUACCGAGAACGCCAAAACCUCCGUCCUAAUCAUCGGCGCCGGCCAAUCUGGGCUCAGUCUCGCGGGUCGACUAGGAGCUCUGAACAUUCCAUAUAUUCUGCUUGAAAAGGCAUCCUCAAUCGGCUAUUCCUGGACCGGAAAAUACGAUACCGUUCGCCAGCACACGAUACGGGAAAUGAAUAACCUGCCAUUUGACCGCACGUAUAAAGCUUCCGACCCGACCUUAUUACCAGCGAAGAUAGUAGCAGAAGGGUUUCAAAACUACGUCAAGAAAUACCGUAUCAAUAUCUGGCUUGAUGCCCAGGUUGAGCAAUGCGAGCAGAAGACUGGGGGAGUAGGGUGGGAAGUUAGGGUGAGAAGGGGAGGAGAGGUAGUUGAGGUUGAGGCGAGACAUAUGGCUCUUUCAACGGGAACGGGAGUUUCUGUUCCAAAUCCUCCAACGAUCGAGAAUGCAGACGCUUUUCAAGGGACGAUUUUGGAUAUUGGGAGUUUUAAGGAGAGUUCGCGGUGGAAAGGCAAGAAGGGGAUUGUGGUUGGAUCUGCGACUGGGGCGCAUGAUGUCGCCCAAGACAUGCUAGACAACGCCCUCUCCUCAAUAACCAUGAUCCAGCGCUCCCCCACGCCCGUCUUUCCCGUUGAAUGGGUAGUGGCCGGUCAAGAAGGAAUAUUCAACCUCUCCACUCCCCCCGAAAAAGCAGACCGCCAAGACGGCACCAUGCCUCUCAAAAUAUCCCGCGAAGUCAUGAGAGUAGCAGCAUCAUUCAUCGACCCCGCGCGCUUCGACGCCUUAGAGCGCGUCGGAUUUCGCGUUGACCGCUCAAUCGUCCUCAACGACUGGAUCAUCCUCCGCGGCGGCGGCUACUACAUCGACAUCGGCACCUCCUCUCUCAUCGCCGCGGGCGCCAUCGCCGUCCGCUCCGGAGACCCCAUAAAACGAUUCCUCCCCCACGGCCUCGAAUUCGCAUCCGGUGACGUCGUGGAAGCAGAUAUCGUCGUCUUCGCUACGGGGUAUCAGAAGGAUCCUAGGAAGCAGGCUGCUACUGUUGUUGGGGCGGAAGUCGCGGGGGAGAUGAGGUUGCCGAGGGGCUUGGAUGAGGAGGGGGAGUUGGAGAGGUAUUUGUUGCCUGUUGGGAAGGGACUUUGGCUGUUGAGGGGAGCGGUAAAUGCUGCGAGGUGGAACUCGAGGUUUGUGGCGUUGCAGAUACAGGCUGAGAUUAUGGGGAAACCGUUUUCUGAUUGUCGGUGGGGUGAAGAUGUGAAGUCUGGGAAGCUUUGAGAAUGUUGUUGGCUUGGGACGAAUGAGGUGGAUUCGAGAAGGCGUGAUAUUAAGUUUUUUUUGUAGCUUUCAAUGCGGUGUCAGUCCCAUUGAGACGACUAUCCAGUCUCCCUCAUUGCGCUACCCAUUUGCACGAUUUGAGUCAUCAUCGAAAGUAAAAAGAGUUCAUCCGUGCUAUCUUAAAUGUAUCAACACAAGCCUACGG